CUAGUUAUUGUUACAUUUCGUUUUUCUGAGAAAGCUUUUAGGAAGUUGUGGUCAUGUCUGGUCGUGGAAAGCAAGGCGGGAAGGUGCGAGCUAAGGCGAAAUCUCGCUCUUCUCGUGCGGGGCUGCAGUUCCCCGUGGGUCGUGUGCAUCGGCUCUUGCGCAAAGGGAACUAUGCGGAGCGAGUAGGUGCUGGCGCUCCCGUUUAUAUGGCCGCGGUGCUGGAGUACCUGACUGCUGAAAUCUUGGAGCUGGCUGGCAACGCGGCCCGGGACAACAAGAAAACCCGCAUCAUCCCCCGCCACUUGCAGUUGGCUAUCCGCAACGACGAGGAGCUGAACAAGCUGCUGGGCAAAGUCACCAUCGCCCAGGGUGGGGUCCUGCCCAACAUCCAGGCGGUGCUGCUGCCCAAGAAAACCGAGAGUCACAAGGCUAAGGGCAAGUGAGACUGUCCUAUCUCCUGGAGGAGACGUUUGCCCGCGACUCGAUCUGUGUGAACCCAAAGGCUCUUUUAAGAGCCACCCACAAAUUCCUAAAAAGAGCUUGUCAGUCUCUUAUAGUUCCUAAAAAAAAAUCUUUCUACUAUAGAGCUGUGGUACUGAAUUGGGAUGCUCAGUGUUCGUGGUGUAAAUGGAACAAAGCAGUCUCCUAAUUCGUACAGGGGGAAAGGAAAAUCAAUACAGAUCCAUGAAAUCCGGCAAAGAUGGAGGUUUCGUUUUAAGAGUUGGAGGGGGUAGAUGAAAGCUAUGAAUGUUUUUAUCUCCCAGGUUGUGAGGUCAAGAGCUGGACCUGCCCCAUGAUUGAGAAGAUAAACAAUGUUAAGAGUAAAUGAAUAGGACUGGAGACCCCUCAUUUCUGUCUUUGGUGAAACACACCCUUCUCCUUUUGGCUUGGCUCGCAAUGAGCUGCAGCCGGCUGGAGAAGAAAGGAAACAUUGGUUCUAAGGGCGGAAUUUUCAAAACCUCUUCAGAUCCCCUCCCCCACGCACACAUCUCCGUUCUCAUUCAGGAGCCACAAAGCGAAUUCACUCUUUAGAAAACGUGCCUCUUUGUGUGUGUGGGGGAUCAGAGAUGCUAAAAGACAUGCAAAGGAUCACAUAAGCAGCCUCUGGCAUAGAAUCCAGAUCUCAGGCCAUGUGCUUUAAUCAUUUAGAUCAUAACACACUUCCCCCCCCCCCCCCCCAACAACCACCCAGAUCCUACUUCCACUGGUGUCAAUUAAGUGGGGGAUCAGGACAGAACAAACCAUGUGGUUAGGAAUAAGAGCUUCCCCCCUGCUCCAUAGUCUAGCUCCCCUUUUGCUAGAUCCUGUAUCAAAGCCCCCUACCCUGUACUUAGGA